AUGGGGAAUGUUAAUGGAAGAGAAGAAAUUGAUCAAUCUAGUGUUGGGAUACAAGAAACUAUGGAUGCUAGAGAUGGUGAAUUUAUGGGUCAAUCUCCACCUUCAAGUCCUAGGGCUUCUCAUUCUCCAUUGAUGUUUAGACCUCAGAUGCCAGUAGUCCCUUUACAAAGACCCGAGGAGUUGCACAUCUCAAACCCUUCGUGGAUGCAAAACACCUCAGGGUACGAAGACUUGAAUGAGGAGAAAGGAGUUCCCACACUGAUAUCAUGGACCUAUGAAGGCAAAGACAUUGCCGUUGAGGGAUCAUGGGAUAAUUGGAAAUCAAGGAACAUUUUGCAAAGAUCUGGGAAAGAUUUCACCAUUUUGAAGGUGCUUCCUUCCGGAGUUUACCAGUAUAGGUUUAUAGUUGAUGGACAAUGGAGGUGUUCCCCUGACUUGCCAUGCGUUCAGGAUGAAGCGGGGAAUACUUACAAUAUUUUGGAUGUGAAGGAUUAUGUACCUGAAGAUAUCGAAAGCAUUUCUGGUUUUGAACCUCCUCUUUCCCCAGAUUCCAGCUACAGUAACUUGGAACUUGGAGCUGAGGACUACGCCAAGGAGCCACCUUUAGUUCCACCUCAUCUACAAAUGACUUUGCUUAACGUUCCAUCAUCUCCCAUGGAAAUUCUUCCACCUCCUUUAUCAAGACCUCAACAUGUCGUACUUAACCACCUGUACAUGCAGAAGGGAAAGAGUAACCCAUCUCUGGUAGCACUCAGUUCAACUAAUCGAUUCCUGUUCAAAUACGUGACAGUGGUACUUUACAAGUCCAUACAGAGGUGA